AUGUCUGUGGUGGAGAACAAGCGUCAGAACUCAGUGAAGGGGCUGGCGCAAAAGCAAUCCGGCAACGCCGCUGGACAAGGAAUGGCGGCAGCAACGGUGCCCUUAGAGGCAGCAUUGAGCGGGGCCAUCGGUGCCCGCGUUCGUAUUACGACCGCUCAGCCAAAUCAGUCGAUCCUCGAAGGUACUCUUUUCACAGCGUGUCCAAUCACCAACCUAGUGGCAAUCAACACCGUUCCCGCCACCAACCCGAGUGAUGCUAAGCAAGCGCAAACUGGAGACUACCAUGUGAUUCCCAUCUCGCGCAUUCAACAAUUCCAGCUUCUUGCCCUCGCCACUCCUUCCAACUCCACCUCGUCCUCAUUCACCGAUGCGCAGCCCACGAUUCAGGCACUGGACACCCGUGCGCUCAAGGCCCGUGAAGCAAAAGCGAUCGGUGAGGCAUUCGACCGCGAAGCCCGUCGUGGCAAGGGUGUCACCCGUGAAGCCCAGGAGCUGUUCGAUGCUUUCAGUCGCACCAUGCCGGCGCGAUGGAACGGACACAGCAUCGUUGUAGCCGAUGCCGUGACAAUCGCCGCACCCUACCGCGUUGAUGACUGUCGCCCGAAUGUAGAGGGCGACACGGCUGCUCUUGCCAGAGUGCGCAAAGUGCUCGAGAUGGAGCGCAAAAAGAUCGAGCUCCGUAAUGCUAGCGCCAGCAUUGGCUCUACCAGCACCUUCUCUCGCAAUCCCAGCAGCCCUAGUGAUCAGCGCAAAGGCGGAUAA